AUGACCACCGAAGACGGCGACGACGAUGUUGCGGACGGCGGGGGACCGGCGGGCUUGCAGGACAAAGGUGGUAACGAUGGGGAAUCGCCACCGGGGCAGCUCCAGGACGGCGGCUGGCCGGAGGAAAGCGAAGGUGGUGCACCGGGGGUGGGGGGGAUCAAGAAGGAGCCAGCCGUCGGCAAUCAGGGCCACGGGGAUGGCGCCCCCUCCGAAGAUAUCGAAGAAGUAGACGGCGGGUGUCCUGACAGGCCCAACAAGUGGAUGCACCCCUAUCUCCUCACCUACUGCCUUAUCGGAAGGCCAAGCAGCAGCGAGGACCCUGACCUUAGGACCGCGCGGAAAACGUCCGGGCUGAAGGGUCGCGGAGGGAAGCAGAAUGCGAAGAAAGGGUCGCCCAGCACCAUCGACGGAAGCGGGUCGGAGACAAGCGGUGCGUACACCGAGGUAGAUUUGUCGUCGAGCGCGAUUCGGAUGUUCGCAGGGACCGGCGAAAUUCAAAGCCGUGCGCAGAUGAAGAAAGAGCACGCAGUUGUGGCGGCGGCGAACGCGCAAGAGCAGGCGCGCCGCGUCCAGCAGGCCCAUACAGGCAAGCUGGUGACGGCUGUGGGAGCUUUGUCGGCAGCCGUUGUGUCGAUGCAGGCUUUGGACGAAGAAGCCGCCCACAGGGGUCGCUGGGAUUACGCUCNACCGGCGAAAUUCAAAGCCGCGCGCCGCGUCCAGCAGGCCCAUACAGGCAAGCUGGUGACGGCUGUGGGAGCUUUGUCGGCAGCCGUUGUGUCGAUGCAGGCUUUGGACGAAGAAGCCGCCCACAGGGGUCGCUGGGAUUACGCUCGCUUGGCCGAAAAAGCUAAAACCGACGACCCCAGUGGGAAGUUGGAGUUUAUACUGGAAGGGCCAAGGGCGAUGGCACUGCGAGCCUCUAUAUCGGCCUUGUAUGACAUGGAUGACGCCGACUUCAUGCUCAAACCCGUCUCGGCCCCGACGCCACCCGCUGCAGCAGGUGCCCCCAGUAUAUCCGCAUCUGCGUCGGGUUCAUCUGCAGCGGCACCGCCUGCCACUGCUCCUGAGGUCACCGCCCUGCCUGCGUCCACUUCGACAUCACCUGCUGGUUCAACACCCGCGUCUGCGAUCGACCCUCCCUACGUCCGUGUCUUCAUCGCCUGCUAUGGCAACGCCCACUUCCAGUGUCCGAGACGUUGCCCCCAUCGUUUUAGGCGCAACACGGUCCAGGACAAGGUCUAAUUCCCUCCCGGGAUUUACCGGGGCGCGGAAGAGGGGUGUUGGUCAUGAGGGAGAGGAAGAAAGGAAAGGUUAAAACACGAAUCCCCUGAGAGGAGACAUUUCAUCUUUUUGUUGGCAUGUGUUUUGCGAGCUGGUUUGCGUACGCUUUUUCAGUUUUCGCAAUGUUUUGCUGUGUAGCGUGUAGAGGUCACCCCCUCCCCCUCCCCCCCCGUCCCAGUCCCCGGCACCCACGUUUGUUUUUUGUUGUGUGCCAUCCGACCUGUCUUAUCCCUGGCCGUGUGGUCUCUCUUGUUGACUAUGUAGCCUGCUUGUUUAUUUUUUUUAGCACGGGCUACGGUAGCAGCAGCAAUGUUUUUUCUUGUCACCCCCCGUCCCCGUUCCCUGUACCCUGUGGCCACAUUUAUUUGUUGUGUGCCCGUGUUCUCUCUUGUAGACUAUGUAGCCUGCUUCUUUCUUUUUUUCGCACGGGCUACGGUAGCAGCAGCAAUGUUUUUCCUUGCCGCCCCCCGUCCCCGUUUCCUGUAUCGUGUGUCCACAUUUUUUUGUUGUGUUCACCAUCCGACCUGUCUUAUCCUUGGCCGUGUGUUUUCUUGUGGCCUGUUCAUUUUUAUUUCAACGAAUGUCUCCGCUUCCGGUUCGUUGUUGCUGUUUUGUUUUGUCCCGCCGUCAAGCUGGGGGAAAAUGAUUGUAAAACACAUGUCAGGAUAGAAUCCCUCAGGUCGCUUUCGACAAACCAACCUGCCAGGUCAACAACGUGGACCUACGGUAGACGUACUUGGGCAUGUGCAGCGUGAUAUCGUUGGUCAACAAAAAAAGUCAUUUAUGAGUUGUCGAAACCCAGACCGUCGUUGGGAGUGCAAUCGAGAAAGAGAUAAUGAAUCAUUCUUCACGCGACGGUUGCAGACGGUUCCAUUUGAGAACAAAAUCCAGUCCAAUUUGGUCGACGACCUACAUCUCAUGCCUCCAGGGACAUGCGAAGGGAACCCGAUGUGUACUUCGAAGUAUGUCUACAAAGAAAGGCGUCCACACAGGGGGGGG